CAAUUCCUCCUGUUUUCGUGAAAAAAUCAAAAUUAUAGUCAUGUGGACCAGUGCACACCCUUAUAAAGUUACAUGUAUGCUAUUUUUCUGUAUGUUGGUUAGUUUCUCUAAAAUUUGAAACCGAAAAAGAGUCUAAGCCAAUGGAUAGUAGCAUUGUAGUGUUGCAGGAAUAUUUGAGGUGGUUCCAAAAGAUUUUGACCAAAGAGUGCAAUUUACCCUUUUUCUCUUUUUUUUCAAAAACUGCCCUUCUUAUUCGCUGGUCCCCUUGUCUGCCUGAGACUACUGUUUGUACAUUUUCCCAGAGUUUUGGCCACAAUGUUUUCUGAAUGUUAAAUCUUGAUUAUUUAGGUGUGGAGCAAUGGCCUAGGCUGUUUCAUACCUUGUUUCUAUCUCUUCAAACCUCUCUCUUUCUCUGAUCAAGACUUUAAUAGCUACCUCCCCUUUCCCUCAUUAUUCUUUCUUUCCAUUAAAACAGACAUUGUAUUAGAAGAAAAAAGAAAAAUGAAUUGGUGGUUUUUGUGCUUACAUGCUUGUUGUCUAUUGAUGUGCCCCAAAACUUUUUAAAAACAAAUGUUAUCCCUAGUAGAAUUUAAUGGGGAGUAAAAGAAAAAAUGAAAUAUAAGCAAGAAGCAAAUGCAGAAUGUAAGUAAAUACCAGGUUUGGACUUCUGGUGCAUUUCAAACUGAUCAAAGAACUAAUUUCCAUCACACUCUACCCAUCAUACUAGAGCAACCGCCUUCCUACACUGAUACUGUAGUGCAAGGUCUUCAAUAUUUGAAGGCAGCCAACAAAGCUAUGUCCAUUAAUGUGAUUGAGGUACCAGGAAUAGAAGCAGAUGAUGUCAAUGGAACAUUGGCUAUAAGGACUGUUGAGGCUGGUUUCAAGGAGCGUGCUGUUUCCCCUGACAAAGACUUCUUUCAAAUUCUAUCUCCCUCAUUGCAUCUUCUAAGUGUUGCACCACGAGGAAUUGAGAUGGUUUCAUUUGGAAUGUUGGAAUUUGCUGAAAGAUAUGGAGAUCUGAAACCAUCUCAGUUUAUUGAUGUCGUGGCUCUUAUGGGCGAUAGUGCUGAUAAUAUUCCAGGUGUUGAUGGUAUUGAAAACGUUCAUGCUGUGGACUUGAUUACUAAAUUUGGUACAUUAGAGAAUUUAUUACAGUGUGUUGAUCAAGUUGAAUCCGAACAUAUCAGAAAGGCCUUGAUAGCACAAGCAGAUCAGGCCAUGUUAAGCAAGAACCUGGCAAUGCUGCGUUUUGACCUUCCAUUCUCUAUGGUACCGUUUAAUACUAGACAACUCACGUUCAAGAAAUCAGAGGCUUGUGCAGACAAUCGGCAGAAAUUUACGAGUCUCUUGACUGCCAUCAGUGCCUAUGCAGAAGGGUUCUCAGCUGGUAAAAUAAUUCGAAGAGCUGUCAGUUUCUAUAUAUUCUGGAUUCAAAAUCAAUGAUUAAGAGAUAACAUGCAUUUUGUGUAUAAAAGACUUUGCUAUCGGCUGAUUUUGAAACUGGGUACAGAAGUGUAUAACAAUCUAUACAUCCAUUAAAUAUAAAUUUGUCCAUUCA